AUGGGGAUGGCGGAUGCUAUUCGUGUGGAGGCUGACGACGAUGCUUUGGACACCACCUGCCCUAAAGGUAAUGAGGCUACACGUUUUGUGGAUAGAUGGGCUGCUGGUGAUGUAACUUCUGUUUUGCCUAACGAUGAGGCUCGAAGAAUUGCUCUUGUUGUGGGUGGUGAUGCCACUUGGAUUGUAGGUGUCGACGCCACUUGUGUCAUGCCUGAUGAGACAUGUGUUGUACAUGGGGAAGUGGCUGGGGAUGCCACGUGUGUUGCAGCUGAUGGUUCAAGUUGUGUUGUGGAUGGCAUUACAGCUGGCGACGCCACUUUUGUUCUGGCUUCCGUGGCAACUCCUGGUGUGGCUGGUGAAGUGGCUGGUGCAACCACUUGUGGUGCAGCUGGUCGUUCAACUCGUACUGUGGAUGGUGACGCAGGUGGAGACGCCACUUCUCUUGUGGCUUCUGCUGCCUCUCCUCCUGUGUCGGGCAACGUGGCUGGCGAUACCUGCAGUGUUGCAGCAGGCGACAUGGCUGGUGACGCCGCUGUUGCUAAUGCUGGCUCCUAUCACAAAAGGAUAUAA